GCUAAAGAAUUCGACCGUUGGAACAACCUUCGAUACACUAUCCGUUGCACAAAACUAGCUUUUCACCCUUCACUUCAUACAACCAUACACACACACACACUUACUGUGUGGAAAACAAAAAAGAAAACCCAAACAUUUUGUUGAAGAAAGGAAAAAUGGUCGCCAGAACGCCGGCGAAGCAGCAGAGGAAAAUGGCGGCGGCGCCGCCCCUCAGUCCCACUCUUCUCAGGGAAACGGUCAAGAAGGUGGAUAAAUGUAUGGCUAGAUUGCAAGAGCUUCAACACACAGUAAAAGGCGUGGGUUCGAGUCCGAUCAAUAAUAGUAGUAGAAGCUAUUUACGGACGAGUCUCCGAUGCAAAAACGAGUCGCCGAGGAUGAAAAAUGCUAAUUCUCGAAAAUCUCCGACCGGAAAGCUGCCGCAGAUUGCAGAGGAAUGGAGAAAAAUGUCGUUACCGGCAAUGCUAUUGGGCGAAACAAUGAGCGAAAUUUUACAAGCAACUCAAUUUGCAAGAAACGUAGUUGAUGCAACAAUUGAUGACCCGAAAACUCCAUUGACCGAAAAGAGAAGAAAGCCAAAACCAAACCUCGAGAAUUCGGGACUCGAAUCACGAAGGAGGAGAGAGAAACAAGCCGUGCUGCAAACUAUACGAUCGGAUUCCAAUACGCCAUCAUCUCCACUUCGAAGAGCUAAAUCGAGAAUAAACUUUAAGGCUUCCCCAUUGGUCCAAAAUCGGGAGUGUGACAAGGAAAAUUGCAGGUACAUUGCAAAUAGAGUUUCGCCACGGAAUAAUAAUAAUAAUAAUAUCAAUAGGGCGUGGGCUAGAAAGACCGUUUUAUUUCCGAACCCUUUGUUUCAUUCGUCGCCGAAAUCGCGGUACGAGAAGUUCUGCAAGACGAAGUCGCCUGUGAUUUCAAGAAAUCGACAAACUCCGCAUAAGUUCUUGAUCAAGUCUCCUACUCCUUGUGCGUCGAAGUUUCAAGUGAGAAUCAAAAGCCCUUCGGUUUCUAUUUCGCCUCCAAAAAAAGUAACCGUUUUGAGUAAGAAAUCGCCGAAGGCGAUGAUGUCAUCAUCAUCGGCUGCAGCUAAGCUGAGAAGAUCAUUUUCGCCGUCCAGGUUGGCAAACAGGCUGAUGUCACCUCUGAAAGGCAGAAAAUCGGAAAAGAAGAAUGAGGGCGUGAAGAAGAUUGCGAUGAGUGGAGUGAAACAACGGCCCGUGUCUUUUUCGAUCAGAUUCUCGCCUCGGAGAAUUUGAAGAGAUGAUAUCAUCAGAUGUUUGUUUUGUGUUGUAGAUAUUUCCUCAAUGUCCCAACAUUGAAUUCUGAAUGUUGUAUUUCUUUUUUUCUGUAAUUUGCUAUUAGUUUGUUUUAUUAAUUGAAUUUUUGUAAAAAUUGCAAUUGUAAUUUUUUAUCCCUUUAAUCUGAAGAAACUGAGCAAUCUAUUUUGAAUA